GUGGAGUGUGGGGCGGGUGAGCUUCUCAUUUUCCAUCAACCAAAAAACAGAGGAGAAGAACACUCCACGUCAACAAACAAACAAACAAACUACAACACACGCGAAUAUCACCAAUCAACCACACAGCCAAUCGGAACUCAAAUUGUGAUCCCGCUAACGCCACCCAUCCACCCAUAUAUUUUCAAACGCUUCAAAGAAUCUUCUUCAUCUUCUUAUAUUCCAGAUUCCAUCACAUAAUUUCCAAAUUAUUAUUAUUAUUUUCCAAUUUCUCACUUCUUCCGAUCUAGGGUUUACAUUUCUAGUCAAUUCGGUCAUGCCGGUGAUGCGUGUCAUCGGUUCCGGUGCCGGAGGUGUGACUGUAACUGCCGAUAGAGUCGUCGGAACCGACCGAUGGAGGAUAGAGUCCAUGCGGCGCACGUUAGCUCCUUCACAAACCCUAAUUCGCUUCCGUAAGUUUGAUUUCAGUUUAUCCUCACUUGUAACCUCCCCGUUGAGACUCACUGUUUAUAACAGUUUGGAUAAGAAUACUCAAACCAAACCAAAACCGAAACCGAAACAGAAACCGAAACUGAAACCGAAAACCACAUUUAGUAUCAGUACUGGUAAUAGAGGUAGCAGGAAGAGCACUGGAGGAAACAGUGCUCGGCAAACAGAUGAAUAUACGGACUGUAAGCCGAUUGAUGUACGGAGUUUAUCGCAAAAUGGCGAUCCGUUAGGGCGAAGAGAUUUGGGGAAAUGUGUGGUGAAGUGGAUAAGUCAAGGGAUGAAAGCAAUGGCUACUGAUUUUGGGGCUGCUGAGCUGCAAGGUGAGUUUGCAGAGGUCAGGCAGAGGAUGGGUCCAGGGCUGACUUUUGUGAUACAGGCUCAGCCUUAUUUGAGUGCGGUGCCGAUGCCGUGUGGGCUUGAGUCGGUGUGCUUGAAGGCUUGCACUCAUUAUCCAACUUUGUUUGAUCAUUUUCAGAGGGAGCUUAGGGAUGUGUUGCAGGGGCUUCAGGGGAAGGGUUUGGUUGAGGAUUGGCAGAAGACGGAGUCGUGGAAGUUGUUUAAGGAACUUGCAAAAUCAGCUCAGCAUAGGGCCAUUGCAAGAAAACUCACAACCCCCAAAACUGUUCAUGGCGUUUUGGGCAUGGAGCUAGAGAAAGUGAAAGCGAUUCAGUCCAGAAUCGAUGAUUUUUCAGAACGAAUGGCCAACCUACUUCGUGUCGAAAGGGAUUCCGAAUUGGAAUUCACCCAACAGGAAUUAGAUGCCGCUCCUACUGCCGCCAGUUCCGAUCCAAACAAACCAAUUGAAUACCUUGUUAGUCACGGUCAAGCAGAACAAGAGUUAUGCGACACAAUCUGCAACUUGUUUGCAGUCAGUACUUAUACAGGAUUAGGUGGCAUGCAUCUGGUGUUGUUUAAGGUUGAGGGAAAUCAUAGGUUGCCACCGACAACAUUGUCUCCCGGUGACAUGGUUUGCGUGAGAACAUGUGACAGCAGGGGUGCAGCUGGUGCCAUUUCGGGUAUGCAAGGUUUUGUUAAUAACUUAGGGGAAGAUGGAUGUAGUAUCACUGUGGCUCUUGAAUCCCGACAUGGUGAUCCCACCUUUUCAAAGUUGUUCGGUAAAAGCGUUCGUAUAGAUCGGAUCCAAGGAUUGGCUGACGCAGUUACAUAUGAGCGUAAUUGUGAAGCCCUGAUGAUGCUUCAGAAAAAAGGUCUGCACAAGCACAACCCGUCAAUUGCCGUUGUAGCAACGCUUUUUGGGGACAAAGAUGAUAUUAAAUGGCUGGAAAAUAACUCGUUCACCGACUGGGGUGAAUCACAACUUUCGGAAACCAAAUCGAUACAAAACUUUGAUUCAUCUCAAAAACAGGCAAUUUCAUUAGGUUUGAACAAAAAACGACCCGUUUUGGUCGUACAAGGUCCACCUGGAACCGGAAAAACUGGUAUUUUGAAGGAAAUAAUAACCCGAGCUGUUGAACAAGGUGAACGCGUGCUAGUGACCGCCCCCACAAACGCUGCUGUGGAUAACAUGGUUGAAAAACUGUCAAAUGUCGGGAUUAACAUCGUAAGAUUCGGGAAUCCCGCACGUAUUUCUCCGGUUGUUGUUUCGAAAUCGUUAGUUGAGAUCGUAAACAUUAAACUCGCGAGUUUUAGGUCAGAACUCGAGAGAAAAAGGUCAGAUCUCAGGAAGGAUCUGAGACAAUGUUUGAAAGAUGAUUCACUGGCGGCUGGAAUUAGACAACUUUUGAAACAAACGGGAAAGCAAUUAAAGAAAAAAGAAAAAGAAACGGUUAAGGAAGUGUUAGGUAGUGCUCAAGUCGUGCUUACGACUAACACGGGUGCAGCAGAUCCGAUUAUCAGGCGUUUAAACGCUUUUGAUCUUGUGGUUAUUGAUGAAGCGGGUCAAGCAAUCGAACCGGCUUGCUGGAUUCCGAUAUUGCUGGGAAGAAGGUGUAUUCUUGCUGGUGAUCAGUGCCAGCUGGCACCCGUGAUUCUUUCUAGGAAAGCUUUAGAAGGUGGUCUCGGGAUAUCUUUAUUGGAAAAAGCCAUAAGUUUACACGAUGGAAUUCUCGCUACUAAAUUAACAACACAAUAUCGAAUGAAUGAUGCAAUUUCUAGCUGGGCUUCGAAGGAGAUGUAUGGUGGAUUACUGAAAUCUUCAGAGAAGGUUUCCUCUCAUCUUCUUGUUGAUUCCCCCUUUGUACAGCCCACAUGGAUAACACAAUGCCCAUUGCUAUUACUUGAUACAAGGAAACCAUACGGUAGUUUAUCACCUGGUUGUGAGGAGCAAUUAGAUCUAGCUGGCACAGGCUCGUUUUACAACGAAGGGGAAGCGGAUAUUGUUGUUCAACAUGUUCUCUCAUUGAUAUAUUCAGGCGUGAGCCCAGCAGCAAUUGCAGUGCAAUCUCCGUAUGUUGCUCAAGUGCAGUUACUAAGGGAUAGUCUAGAUGAAAUUCCAUUGGCUAGGGGAGUUGAAAUCGCAACUAUUGAUAGCUUUCAAGGCAGGGAAGCUGAUGCAGUCAUCAUAUCUAUGGUUCGAUCAAACACUUUGGGAGCUGUCGGGUUUCUUGGUGAUAGUAGACGAAUGAAUGUUGCUAUAACCAGGGCCCGCAAACACGUGGCAGUUGUAUGUGACAGCUCAACAAUAUGCCACAACACAUUUCUAGCAAGGCUGCUGCGCCACAUCAGAUACUUUGGUCGAGUGAAACAUGCGGAACCUGGUGGUUUUGGCGGGUCGGGCUUAGGCAUGAACCCUAUGUUGCCUUCGAUAAGUUAAAAAGUGUCUCCAAUACUCCGGUGUACAUUCUUUCAGGAGAUUGGUUUGUGUUGUAUACCAUUAUUUAUAUUUCAUAGCUGUAAAUAAGAAACAUAGAUUUUGUCAAUUUUACGGUAUAGACAAUCAUUGAAUUAUAAGUACAUUAUUAAAUUGUUAUAUUUGAAUCCUAAGCUUUGCUUGCC